AUGACAAAUAGUAGUUUUGAAUCGUAUGAACCACGACCACGAUUAUGUCAUCUUCGUCGAUGGCCUGGUUUUGAUGGUUAUGGUUUUAAUUUACAUUCAGAAAAAUCUAAACCAGGACAAUAUAUUGGUAAAGUUGAUCCAAAUUCACCAGCUGAUUCAGCUGGUUUACUUGAAAAUGAUCGUAUAAUUGAAGUUAAUUAUAAUUCAAUUGGUAAUGAAAAUCAUAAACAAGUUGUACAAAGAAUAAAAGAAGGUGUAACAAGAAAUGGUACAAAAUAUCCUGAAGAAGUUAUUUUAUUAGUACUUGAUCCAAUAGCUGAUGAAUAUUAUAAAAAUAAAUCAAUUAUUGUUACAAGUUCAGAUUUAAAUGUUGAAAAAUUAGAAACAGAAAUUCGUGAUGGAAUAAAAAAUAAUAAUAAUAAUAAUAAUUCACCUUAUAUAUCAAAUAAAAAUACAGGUCAAAUAAAUGAUUCACCUAUUGUACGAGAUACAUUACAACAAAAAAAAACAAAUGAAUCAAAUCGUGAAUAUAAAAAUGUUACAGAUUUUACUCGUCCACAAAUCACACAAACGAAAAAUACUAAUUCACCAGCGACAUCAAACAAAUUUAAUCAAGAUUAUUUGAUUCCUGAUGAUCAUGAUACUUAUCCACAACCAACUCGUUCGAAUUCAGAUAAACGUUCGAACUUAUCUCAAUCAUCAUCUGGUAAUGGAUCAGGAGGAGUACUUGAAAUUCAAAUGUCAGCAGCUGAAUAUCGAGAAAAAUUAAAAUCACAAACUGUUCGUCAACGUGAUGCACGAAAAAAUAGUCAAAUGUCUAUGAAAGACAAACAUGAUCUUAUUGAUCGUUUGUAA